AACAUAACAUGAAGGUAUAUAUUUUAGGAGGAAAGGAGUAUAUAAACACCUAGAUUGAAGGUAACAACCUUUGCCUGACUCCUCAUUAAAAAACAAAACCAAUAAUGGAUUAUUCAUCAGCCCGCAUAAAGAACAAGCGCAGGGGAAGAGGGUUUCUUAGGGGGCUGUUGAAUCCAGUCCGCAGUUGCAGCGGCCGCAGCCCGAGUCCGGCCGCCGCCGAGGAACGCGGCGCCGCACCGCCGCCGGCGAGGAAGGUCGAUAUCCGCAACGGCAAUAACAAUCUGGCGGCCGUGAAGAGAGAAAAAGUUGCCGAUGGUGAUCAUGACGACGCCGCCGCCGCCCUUCCCGGUGGCGGUGUUGAUGAUGACCACGACGAGGAAGUCGAUCGUAGAGCCGAGAAAUUAAUCGCUUCUUUCCGCGAGAAGAUUAUUAGGGCUCCAUCUUCUUCUAAGUAUCUUAAAAGAUGGAUGUUCAAUUUGAGUUGGAUGAUCACUCCGAGUUGGAGAACAUACUAAACCUCGUGAAAAAGAAGAGCGUAGAAGAAAUAUGUAAGAAUUCAUGGAAGGGGGUGACACAUCAUAUCCCAUGAAAUAGUGAAAGAAGAUCAGAACAAUGGAUCAAGUGAUAUUCUGGGUUCAUGCACUACACAAUUUCAAAGCCAUGUUGACCUUCAAAAUUAUGUCCAAAGAGUUGCUUUAGAGCAAGGAUUUGUGGUGAUUAUAAGAAAAUCUAAACCAAAGU